AUGUCAACCACUUCUUCCGCUUCUUCAAAGUCAAAUAUAGCAAAUAGUAGUAGUACUGAUGAACCUCCAUCAUCAUCUAAUAAUAAUAAUAAGACUACCACAGGAGCAGCAACAACAAUAACCAAUAUGACAAGACAGAGUACAACAACCAAACCAACACAAAGAGCAAAUGUAAAUCCAUCACCAAUGAUCAAUACAGUAUAUAUACCACAACCACCACCACCAUCGACAAUAGUAACAAGACCAAUGUAUGCAAGUUCUCAACUUAGACCAACUAUUCCACCAUCACUGUCGUCAAGUACUCUGACAAAACCGACGACCAACACAAUGAUAAUGAACUCCUCUAAACCUAUGGGUGUACCAACAACAACAACAUCAACGGCUCCGAGAACUGUAUCCACUCCAUGUACUGGAAAGUGUUGUGUUGGACCGAGACCUCUAAAUGGACAAUCGACCACUUAUUCAUCAGUGUCACCCUAUAGACCACCAAAUACAAUUGCAAGACAGUCGGUCUCUUCUCCUCCCCCUCCUUAUUCAAAACCAACAACAAUGAGUUCACCUGUAGGAAAUAAUACUGCCUAUAGUUAUAAAUCAAUCCCAAACAACAAUAGUAAUAACAACAUGGUCAAUAGAGCACCCCCUUUACCACCAACAUCAAUAGUACCAAAUAAUAAGCCUAUCAUCCCACCAUCGACACAAUCAUCUCAUUAUAUACAACAACAACAAAGUUUAUCAAAAUCGAUGCCAGCUGUUCCAAAUGUUUAUACUCCUCCACCUCCCCCUCCUUCCUCACUUUAUCAAAAUCCUCAAACCAAUUCAACAAAAUCAAAACCAUUAGCGGCUACUGCUACUGCUACUGCUGCUGCUGUUGUUUCGUCAAUUGAAAGACCAGUAGCAACUAAAAAUAUAGUAGCGAUAAACUAUAAUAAUCUUUCAGUGGUUGAUGGAAAAUAUCUAAAAACAGAAGCAUCACCAAGACUCUACCAUUGUAUACCUGCACCAAAUGUAAACAUUGUCGAAAACAAUCGUGGCAGUGAUGUACCAAUGAGCUUGGAAUAUAUUUUGGACCUUCCCAUUCUACAUGAUGAACCAUCAUCAAAAUCAAAUCCCACUUGGGGUCGUUUAAUUUUAGAUGCUCUAAGAAGAGUUGCAACAAAUCAAAAAGCUACCAGAAUAACAGAAAGAUUAAAAUUGGAUCAAAUGAACAAGGAUCAUGAAUCAAAAUCACCACAAGAUAAAAUGGAUUGGAAGAAUGGAUUAUUAAAUGAUGCUCAAUAUCAAUAUUUACUCCAAGUGCUAUCAAACAAUGUAGAUUUUCCUUCUGCAAGUCAAGUGGGUUAUAAAUAUGCAAAUGAUACAUCUGCAUCAAUACCUCUUCAAUACAAUAAUAAUUUAUAUCAAACUCAUCAACCAUCAAUCCAACAUACUAUACAACAAACAUUUCAACAACAUCACCAACCUCCUCCUCCACAACCUAUUACAACACCUAUUCCAAUUCAAAUUCAAACUCCAGUUCAAAUUCCAAAGACUCCAAAAGCUCCAACUCAAAACAAGUUGACUUCUUCUUCUUCUUCCUCUACUACUAGUACAACAACAACAACAAUAACACCACCACCUAAAUUACAGACAACAACAGUUCCAACAUUAAAUACUUCUCAUCAAACUAUUGUUGCUCCACCUGUUUUGCCAAUUACACACCAACAAACAUCUACUUCAAAACCACAGAGUAUUUAUUAUCAAAGCCAACCAUCUCCUUCGUCAGAUGUUUCCUCUCCACCUUCUCCACACACUCAACAACAACAACAACAACCUUUACCAAUUCAACAACAAACUUUACCAAUCCAAGAGCACCAACAAUAUGUUAAACAUCAACCACCACAGCACCAACAACAACCUCAACAACAACCUAUUCAACAACCUAUUCAAUCGCAACAACAAAUACCAACAAUUGAAUAUCAAUUUCAGCCACUGGAAAUUAAUUUUGAUCAUUAUAUUCCACCGCCUACAACAAUUUUAUCAAACGAUAAUGAGGCAAUAUAUAAUUAUGAUUCAACCAUUUCAACCGAUUCUUCUUCAAAUAAUACACCAAAUAUAGAUCAAUCAUAUGAUACUAUGAACACCAACCACCUUGUAGAUAGUAGUACAACAACAACGACAACAACUGAACAUUUUCACAUUAUACAACAACCCGACAAUUCUACUUCUACAGAUUUUACACAAUCUCAUAUUUUAAAUGGAGAUACUAUAUCACUUUCAUCUUCAGUCUCUUCACCAGAAUUAAAUGAUCAUCAUAUGGUAGGUCAAAAUUUUGACAUUGGAAUGAUAAUGGAAAUCAUCAAUGCUCCACUUUCAACCACCAAAAAGAGAAAGUUGGAUGAUUUGGGCGGUAUCAUUGAUGAUUCUCCGACACAUUUGUAUGCAACAACUGACUGUUAUGAUAAUUAUUGUCCAAUCUCUUAUCCUUCAGGUGGCUUUAGCCCCUCAAAUGGUUAA